GUGGUUACCUUGAAAGUCAGGGCAAAGCUCAGAGGCACUCAGUUGAGCACUGGGGAACAUUCACUCAGGGAAUCCAGUGUCUUUUCAGCUGGUUGGUUAUACUGGAUAAACACGUCGCUAACUUUUGGCGAUGAAGGUAGUCAUGGAUCAGAUUUGUUGGACAUGGCGGAGUUUAAGUGGAUUCAGAUGAAAAACAUUUAACGAUGGCCACUGCUUACCUGAAAUUCCUGUGACGGACCAGCAAGCAGGAAAAAUGGGAAAUGCCAUGCGAGGUGUCAUCGCCUUCAUUCCAUCGGAACGGUGUCAACGCUUCCUAGUAGGGGACCUGAGGGAGAUGCCACUUGAUCGUACUCUGGACCUGAGUAGCCAUCAGUUGCGUCAGUUACCUUUUGCCGUUUGUGUGUUUGAUGAGCUGGUGAAACUCUACCUGAGUGACAAUAACCUCAGCAGUUUGCCCGAUGAACUCCACCACCUGAGGAAACUUCAGCUCUUGGCUCUUGACUUUAACUGCUUUGAAGAGCUGCCCGCGGCUGUCUGCAGACUACCUCAGCUUAGCAUCCUUUACUUGGGUAACAACAAACUCUUCCACCUCCCCAAGGAACUCCAGGAACUCAAGGAACUUAACACCCUGUGGCUAGAGACUAAUUGCUUUACAGUCUUCCCAAAUGUGGUUUGUGAGCUUUCCAAUCUCAAGACCCUGCACCUUGGCUAUAACCAACUACACUGCUUACCCGAUGAACUUACCAGGCUGGAAGAGCUGAGAAGUAUAUGGCUGGCUGGGAACGAGCUAACGGAGUUCCCUCCAGUGUUGUUGGAAAUGCACUUCCUCGCUGUCGUUGAUGUGGAUCGAAACAAAAUCCACCGCUUCCCUAAUCUCUCACGCUUGCAGGGGCUAAAACUCAUCAUCUAUGACCACAAUCCCUGUGUUAAUGCCCCAAUGGUGGCUGAAGGCGUGAGAAGGGUCGGGCGUUGGGCGGACUGCUCAGAUGAUGAGCAGGAAGAUGAAAGUUCAAAAGCCAAGGUCACAGAGAUGGAGGCAGAUGAGGAGAUCGACAUUUAAGGUCAAGCGACAAAGUGACAUUCAGCUGUGGCGAGGCCUCUAAGAGCAGGACGUCACUUAAGUGGAUCACUUGAAGCUCAGGGCUGUGCGGCACCUUCAUACCAUUGAUAGUUGAGCCAUAUAUGGGAACGUAACAUGUACUGUGAUAGUUGCAAAGGGAAAAGUGUUCAUAAAUCAAUGAUUGUAGCUCAUCACAGGCCGAGGAACCAUAUUUAGUAACCACUGUACAUAAUUUCACAUGAGUACACCUCAAUAUUGCAAUUGGUGUAUCAGUAAAGAAAGGUCAUGUAACUGGAAAAGAGAGAAUUUAAUAUAUUAAAAGUAAACUGUAUCACACUGUUAUGUGCCUACAGUAUAUGUUGAUGAUUAGUCAUACAAAUCUUGAAGGACAGUUCACUAAAAUAAAUGUCAGCCUUGAAAUUAUAUUAGCGAUAUAACUGAUCAAAUGUAUUUAUUGAAGAUUACAUAAUCAUAGAUUUAUUUUGUAUUAUUUUAUUUGGAUAUAUGUAUAUAUUAUACAGUAGUACAUUUUGAUAGGGUUUUUUUGUAUAGUAAUAUUUCCAAUGAAGGUCCAAGAUAAAGUUCAGUGAGUAUACAGUUAGACUGAAGGUUUACAGGUUAUCCAGGUGUCACCAGCGUGUGUGAUCACAAAUAACAGUCUAAUAAAUACAACAAAACCAUGAGUACACAGUCAACAGUUAUACAUUGGUUUAGCACUGGGACAAAAACUUAGACAUUGAAGUUAUGGUUGCAUAGACGUCACUACACUGAGGCUAAAUGCGGGGAGGUUAUAAUUUAAAUGAUGGAUGGUGAAUUCAGUCAAUUAGUGCACUCCAUAUCUGGAACAAUGCAUAAUUAAUCUGCUAGAUUGAGGAUGUCGCUUUGAGUGAAGCCCGCUAAUGGGCUUUAUUGUCACCGCAUUACUACCCUAUUGUAAG